CAACCAAAAACCCACAGCGUAGCCUCCAUACGGAAAAAAUAACCCUCGCUUCUUCGUUUCUUUGCCUCCUCCCAUUUUCUCUCUCCCAAAUCUCAGAAAGAAGGGAUUCGAGGAGGCUUACGCGACGGCAAUGGCGGGUCUUUCUCCACCGGUAAUGGCGGCACAAACCGAUGCGAACACCAAAGUCGAUGAGAAAGUGGAUUACUCGAACCUCCCGUGCCCUAUUCCCUAUGAAGAAAUCCACCGAGAAGCUCUCAUGUCACUAAAGCCUGAACUUUUUGAGGGGUUACGCUUCGACUUCACCAAAGGGUUGAAUUCGAAGUUUUCUCUUAGUCACAGUGUGUUGAUGGGGCCAACAGAAGUUCCUUCUCAGUCCUCUGAAACAAUCAAAAUCCCAACAGCACAUUAUGAAUUCGGUGCAAAUUUUAUUGACCCAAAGUUGAUGCUUAUCGGAAGGAUCUUGACGGAUGGUCGGUUAAAUGCGAGAGUGAAGUGCGAUUUAACUGAUAAGCUGACCAUGAAAGCUAAUGCUCAGCUCACAAAUGAACCACAUAUGUCGCAUGCGAUGUUCAACUUCGAUUACAUGGGAUCAGACUACAGGACCCAGUUUCAACUUGGAAAUGGUGCCUUGUUCGGCGCAAGCUAUAUCCAGAGUGUGACACCCCGCUUAGCUUUGGGUGGUGAGGUUUUCUGGGCUGGCCAACAUAGGAAGUCUGGCAUCGGGUAUGCUGCUAGAUAUGAGACAGAUAAGAUGGUCACCACUGGUCAAGUUGCUAGCACUGGAAUGGUUGCCCUAAGCUAUGUUCAGAAGGUGUCAGAGAAGGUUUCACUUGCGACGGAUUUCAUGUACAAUUAUAUGUCCCGAGACGUUACAGCCAGUGUGGGUUAUGACUACAUUCUCCGACAGUGUCGUCUGAGGGGAAAAAUCGAUUCCAACGGCGUUGCAGCUGCUUACCUUGAAGAACGGUUGAAUAUGGGCCUCAAUUUCAUUCUAUCCGCAGAGCUCGAUCACAAGAAGAAGGACUACAAGUUCGGGUUCGGUUUGACGGUCGGGUGAUUUGAGAUCCUCUAAAGAAGGGCGUAAUAAAUCAUUCAGAAGUGAGAAAGAAUUUAUAUUAGGUUUCAUUGCUAGACUAGUUAUGUACUAUCCCUUUCGGUUAAAAAAAAAAAAAUUGGCUGCGUGAAUGCCAAAGGCGAAUUUUAGCCGUUGGCUUCGGUUAAAUUCUGAGUUUAGGCUUUCAAAGAGAUGUUGAAAUUACAAAAAACAACAAAUGAGGAUUAGGUUUCUGUAUGCGCCGAGAAGAUAAUGCAACGAGUUUGUUUGCUUACC